ACCACCUUAGCUGCUGCAGAGUGGACUGUCUUUCUAAGCGCCUUGCCGGCCGCGGGCUUCAUCUGGCUGCGGCUAGCCGCGCGUCAGGGGUUGCGUGAGCUGCUGUGAGGAAUUUGUGCACAACAGGGGGCAGGGCAUGGCGGAUCGCCUGCCGCUGCUGCGGCCACGGUUCGCCGCAGCGAGUGACGGUGUGGGGGCCCGCCUCACACUGCUCUUGGCCACGCUCAGCAUCAUAGACCUGCUGGGUGUGCUGCCCAUCAUCGUGCUGCCGAGGACCAUAGCUGAGUGUGGGUGGCUGGGCAUCCCUCUGACGCUGCUGGUGUUCACGCUGCAGAUCUACACGGCGCUGCUUCUGGGCCGCUGCUGGAUCAUCGCAGAGACUCUACAUCCGGAUAUCGUCUACGACAGCAGGUAUCCAUAUGCAGCACUGGCUGAACUUUCCUACGGCCGCAAAUUUGGGAAGUUUGUGACCAUCCUGCUAGACCUCCACAUCUUCGGCAACGCAGUGCCUGAUCUGAUCGUUGCGGCAGAGAACCUGCAGCUGCUGGGCCUCAAGUCGUCCUCCUGGGAGUUCGACUUCUCCUUCUGCUACUGGACGCUCGUCCUGGGCAUCUGCCUCUGCCCCAUCACCUGGCUCGGCACACCCAGGGACACCAAAUGGGUGACGACACUAUCGGUGAUGCUGGUGGUGUCCUCUACGCUGCUGGUGUGGGCGUGUUUGGUCGCCAGCGGCGGCGAAUGGAGGCCCGCCCCACUCCCCGAUCCUGCCUGGGACUCCGUCGCCAUCGCAUACGGCGUUCUCGCCUUCCAGUUUGACGUACAUCCACUUAUCCUUAGCGUGCAGAUGGAGAUGGACCGCAAGGAUCAUCUCGGAUAUGCCAUCCUCGGAGCAUUCUUUGUGACGGGCGGGCUGUCGCUGGCGACGACGGGCGUGGUGCUGGCGCGGUUCGGCGGCGCGUCGCGCGCCAACCUGCUGCAGGGGUUCGCGUCCAGCCCGCAGCUCUACCUGGCGCUGCUGCUCGCCACGGCGCAGCUCUGCCUGGCGCUGGUGCUGUCCGCCGCCCGCUGCUUCGGAGACAUCGAGGACAAGCUGGGCAUGCCGCAAGGUUUCGGGUGGCAGCGCGCGCUGCUGCGCACCGCGCUGGUUGGGCUGGCGGUGCUGGCGGCGGAGGGCGUGCCGCGCUUCGACCUGCUGAUGGGGCUGGUGGGCGGCUCUCUGACGGGCCCGCUCAUGCUGCUGCUGCCGCCGCUCGUGUACGCGCGCCUGCGCACCAUGCAGGACCAGGCGCGACGCGUCCCGGCGCCCGACUACACCGCCACCGACGACAGCGUCGACGAGACGCUCCCGCCGAGUCUGCCACCUGUCGGCACUGCCGAGAGCGGUCUGCUGCGAGCGACCGCGUGUCGCCUGCUGUCCCUGGAGGGAGCUUCGGAUGAGGGCCCCCUCUCUAUCUGGGAGACGCUGCUGGUCUCUUCCGUCGUCGUGGCGGGCAUCGCCGCGUCUCUGGCAGCCACCUACUUCAGCAUGCGUGACUCCAUCAACAUCGCCCAGUUCUCGCCGCCAUGUCUACAGUAGCUGGUCGACCAGUGGGAUGGUCAGCGUCUUCCUUCCGGUGCCCUGUUGCUGGCAGAACACGUACCGUCUCUCCGUCCACUAACUUCGACUGGCUCUCAACAAACAUUGCAUUUUCCAUGUGGUUCAUCAGUAAGCAGUCGGGAGGAGACGGUGCAACACUUCAUCAUAUUGAGUUCGCAACUGCAUCCUGGUCAAUUCAGCGAAGCACCUCAUUUUGUUUUUGUCAGGGGUCGUACUCGAUUUGUAGCCAAGAGAUGCAUAAUCCAGAAUUGAUAUGUCACUCUGGAGCAGAGUAUGAGCUGUUUCGUAACCUGCUGCGACAUUAAUGCUUUGUGCUGUACCAGUAUUUUGCCUUUCAUGUUUAUUUCUCUUACUGAUUGAGAUACCCAGCCGCGACGUACGCCCCCCCUUCAUACCUUAUGUCAGUACCACUCUCUUCUAGCCCUGCUACAGGCUCUGUAAUGUGGUUCGUCAAGAGAGAAAUGGACAGUGCCUGGCGAUUCACAAAAUAAUCCGUCAAUCCAACUGAAAACAAUGAAACUCUCUCUUUCAUAAUUGCCGCAGUUUACAUCCGCUUUUGUUGGUAAUCUGAUUUAUGGGCCGUGGUUCAAGUUGUAACUUCUUGCCUAACGUUCGUCUUCCACUACUGGAGAGAUCAUCAGAGACUUUAAUGACUCAGAAAGAUAUUACACACUCCAACUAGCUCAUAAAGUGGAAUCGUUUAUAUAUAUUGCCGCAACGAUCAGUUAGUAAUAUCAUCAAACAUAAUUCUCUUUGUCCCUAAAAUUUUUACCCCUUGCACUCCAUUCCACUACCAAAUUGCCGAUUCCUUGAUGCCUCAGGGUCAUCCUAUCAAUUGAUCCUUUCUUUGCCGCGCAGGAUUAGCCGACUGGUCUUGGGCGCUGCAGUCAUGGACUGUGCGGCUGGUCCCGGCGGAGGUUCGAGUCCCCCCUCGGGCAUGGGUGUGUGUGUUUGUCCUUAGGAAAAUUUAGGUUACGUAGUGUGUAAGGUUAAGGACUGAUGACCUUAGAAGUUAAGUCCCAUAAGAUUUCACAAACAUUUGAACAUUUUUUAAUUCUUUCUUUUAGUAAAGGUGUGCCAUGAAUUUCUUAUUUACUCGAUGUCCAACAUUCAUCUGUUGUACCACAUUUCAAAAGUUUCUAUUCUCUUCAUAUCUGAUCUGCUUAUCGUACACGUUUCACUUCCGUAAAAGUCUACACUCCAGUCAAAUACCGUCAGAAAAAACUUUGUAAUAAUUAAAAUUUUAUUCGAUGGUAACAAAUUUCUCUUUUUCAGAAAUGCUUUUCUCAAUAUUGCUAGUCUACGUUCUAUAUCCUCAUUACUUUGACCAUCGUCAGUUACUUUGCUGUUCAAACAGAAAAACUCAUCCACUACGUUUAAUAUCUCAUUUCCUACUCUAUCAGGAUCGGCUGAUUUUAGUCAACUUCAUUCUAUUACAUUUGUUGAUAUUCAUCGUAUAAACUGUUUUCAAGUAACUAUCCACUCCAUUCACCUGUUCUUCCAAGUCUCUGAAGGAAUUACUUUGUCAUCGACAACGUAGAGUUUUUAUUUAUUCUUCCUGAACUUUAGUUCCAUUUCCGAUAUUUAUCUUGUUUUCCUUUAAUGCUCGCUCAAUGUACAGGUUGAAUAAUAUCGACGAGGGGCUACAACUAUUACAUUCCUUCUCAAUUACUGCUUUCCUUUCAUGUCCUUCGAAUUCACUCUGGUUUCUGUAAGACAUAUAUAUAAAUUUUCACUAUCUCUGUUUUACCAUGAGAAUUUGAAAGAAUAUAUUCCACUGAACAUUGUCAAAAGAUUUAUUUAAGUCUACAAAUGCUACAAACAUAAGCUUGUCUUUCAUCAGUCUAUCUUCUUUGAAGGUGAGUAUGAUAUCAUGUGUAUCUAAAUGCCUUUGGAACCCAAAAUAAUUUGAUUCUAUCGGUCAGUGCAGGCAAGCGCACAUUGAACUAUCUUCCAACGACAUCUGUAAAGACGCCCUUACAAAAAGUGUAUUACAAAUAUGUUUAAAACUACAGGAAGGAGCAGGU